CCUUUGAUUCGCUACCUUCAGUCAACGAACUCAGUUACUCGACAACAUUAACCAAUGACCAGCUACCAGAUGGACAAGAGACAAAUCUUUACUGUUCCGCACGUGCAUACCCUCCUGUCUGUUUCUUCAUCAAGAUUGGUCGGUCGCGUGCUAAGAGCUACCCUUCCCUAGUUUUCACGCGAUCCCACUUGCUCGUUUCAUUCACCUCCAAAUAUCUACCUGCUUUACCCAUCUAGAAUAAAUUAGGAUCGCCCUGACAAAGUGUAAGCAUCGUCGCUGGAUUUCAGUCCUUUAUCGGAAGAACAAUGGUUGAACACACAGUUUUCACUCUCUCACAGGUUACUCAACAUAAAUCAAAGAAAGAUUGCUGGCUUGUCAUCGAUGGCAGAGUACUAAACGUGACAAAAUUCCUGGAAGACCAUCCAGGAGGAGAAGAGGUGCUGUUAGAGUCAGCAGGGAAGGAUGCGACGCAGGAAUUCAAGGAUAUCGGUCACAGCAACUCGGCUAAAAACUUGCUCCUCAAGCACCAGGUAGGCGUUCUCCAGGGUUACACUUUCAAGAACGACGCAGAUGUCCAGGUUGCUUCAACUGAGGAACCCACAAAGAAAGAGAUGAGUGCUUUUGUGAUCAAGGAUGAUCGCAUGCCUAAAUACGCAGCCCUUGUCGAGUUCUUCGUGCCACUCGUGGUUGCUGGUUCCUACUUCAGUUACAGAUACCUGACCACAGGCUCAUCAAUGGUUUAAGCGAUUUAGUAUCACCAGAAAUCUCAAGAACCAUGCACCAAGCCAGACUCAAGAAGCCUUUCUUCCUUUAAAAUAAAUCUUGGUCAAGAAUAUUAAUAACGUAAGAAUAUCGCUCAAGCUUAGUAUGUAGUCCCUUCUUUUUAUCUUCAGUUGUAAUCCUGCUGAUUGUUGCUGAAAGAACUGCGUAUUCAAUUACAUGC